AAACUGCUGCCUACAUUAUCCCCAUACGUACCACAUCUAUCUAUUCAGCGUCCACCCCAUUAAUACUAGACCCUAUCUCUAUCGAACUAUGGUUUACUUGAAAAGUCUUCUCGCUCUUUCGAGCCUCUUGUCGCUCGGUCAAUCGCAGUGGGCUCCAAACGUUCCCUUGGAGACUCGCUCUCUCGACGAGAUCUAUGAAGCUGCUAAGAAGGAGUCCGGCCCUUUGGUUGUGUCUUCUGGAGGAGAUGCCGGAAACCAGAACGAUUUCAUCAUCAAUGCGUUCCAGAAACGCUUCCCUGAUAUCCAGGUGAACUGGACGGUCGACCUCUCCAAGUAUCACGCGAGCCGCAUUGAUCGUGGAUUCUACGGCAAGGGGGAGACAACCGAUGUGGUAAUCCUGCAGACCUUGCAGGACUUCCCACGCUGGAAGUCGCAAAAUCGCCUGCUUUACUACAAGCCCGCAGUGUGGAACGAUAUCUAUGCCUCCGAGCGCGAUCCUCAGGGCGCUUAUCUUCCCAUCGCAGAGUAUGGCUUCGGCAGCAUAUUUUGGGACAGCACCAAGCUGAACGAAUCCGAGAUCCCCGAAGACUACGCAUCUUUCACUGACCCCAAGUGGCACGGGAAGCUGGUUCUCACCUACCCCAACGACGAUGAUGCCGUUUUGUAUCUCUUCGCCAAGAUCAUCGGCCGCUACGGCUUUGAGUGGCUCAGUGCCCUCCAGGCAAACGACGUCCAGUGGGUACGGGGCUCCUACACCCCCGCUGCCGUUAUCGCGGACGCCCACAAUAAGACGGACGACCCUCGGUCGAUCACUUUCACCACUGCCGAUGGCACCGAAGACUGGUGGAGAAACAAGACCCCUCAAAAGGACGAGAGCAUGAGCUGGUCCCAGACGGGAGCGAUCCUUGCGAGCACGAAGAGGCCGGAGACCUCCAAGCUUCUGCUUAGUUUCUUGGUCAGCGAUGAGUGGCAGAAGGCCCAGGCUGAUGCGGGCAGCUUCGUUCCCCGCGUUAGCUUGGACAAGGGCAGGCUUUACGAGCAGAAUGUUAGUGAGGUUGGUGGCUUCCGCGUCUUCAUGAACCAGCGCAACGUUGUCGAUUGGUGGAAGAGCCAAUUGGAGACUAGUCUGGGUACUCCUCAGGGAGAGAGUCCGUUGGAUAUCUAUCCUCGUGUCUAGUCGGGGUACUGCUGCGCCUGCAGAUUGGCCAUUUCUGAGUAUAUAUAUGUGGUGAACUCUGCGACAUGGUGUCG